AUGGCCAACACACCCAUCCAGUCCUUGUUCUUAGGGGUUGUGAAUUGAAGGCACGACGACCAACUUCCCACAAGACAUUUGUGUAUGAAAGUAUAAAGGUUUAUAAUGGAGUAACUUGACCAGUAGCCGCGGUUUAAAACAAUUUGGCAACUCGGAAAUCUGACUUCGGUGCUUUUAAACAACUGAACUCAAACGCACUCCGAAUGGAAAAUAAAUCGGUUUGGAGUCAACCAACUGACCUUUUGCUAGAUGACAGACGUCAUGAUGUUUCCUAGUUGUAGGUGCGGCAUUAAUUACCGUUUGUGCUAUUAAACCCGUUGCUUAUAAUUACGACUUAGUUUAGCUGUAGUGAUAUUGUUUCGCCACUUACUGGAGAGGGAAUUGUAUUACUUGAAAGACAUGACAUGCCAUUAUCUGCCAAGGGUCUGAGAAGGAUGGCAACUCCGCUAGUCCUGUCAAUCUUCCUUUUGCUCCCAGCAAUUUCUGAAGGACAAUAUGGACAUAGAUGUGAAGUUAUCCCAAAAGACCCAUACAUUGAAUUUGGCUCCAAUAUUAAGAUUAAAUUCAAGAAGACAUGCAACAAGACAAUCUCAGACAGCCACGGCAAAAUCUAUUGGACGAUCAACAACAAGAGCAUAGAUGAAAGCCUCUAUGAAACCAACACCUCCUUUGCUGCGGUGACCAUCUACAAUCUAUCCCUUCCAAAAGCAAUAGUACAAUGUCACAGCCAUUUAACUCAGCAAGUCUUGGGUGGUACCAUCAUACAAACAUACUGGAAACCCAGAAACAUAUUGUGUGUCACGUAUAUCUCACAACAAGAUUUUACAUGUCGCUGGGAGCACAAGAUCAAACCCACAUCGAAAAUAACAUAUACCGUUUAUAGGAAAUGGGAAAAGAGCCAAGAUGUAUGGGAGACUGAUCAUUGUAGUUCUGGAAACAUGUCAUGCACUUUUAAUAAGAGCCUGCCGAUUCUUUCAAAGCUAAAUUACAUCACUGUGCGAGCUGAAAGCACAGUUUGGGAGACAAUCUCGGACACACUGGAAUUGGAUCCUUGGGAUACAGUGAAAAUUGACCCUCCAAAGAAUGUGCGGGUGGUUCCUCUCCCUGCUCAUCUAAGGGUUGAAUGGGAAAGACCAGGAGGCACAGCAUUUCUUGACCAGGUCAUACACUGUCAAGUCAAAUAUGCCAAGCAUGUAAUGGAUACAUCUAUGGACACAGUGGCCAAGACAGCCUCUGUCACUUCUGUUGAAGUGGAGUCAUGCACCAACCAUACAGUGUCUGUCCGCUGUGCUUUAGACAAGGCCCCCUGGAGUGAAUGGAGCAGGCAGGUGACAGUACUGUCCUCUCUCAACGUGAGCACAGUGCAGUUGGACCUGUGGAGGAAGAUGGAUGCACCAGACAACACUGGGACUAGAACAGUGCACCUGAUGUGGAAGAGCAUCUCCCCUGCAUGCAAGGCCAUUGAUGGAUACAGGCUGACGUACAUGGCUGAUGAAAAGCACAUGCCUGACAGACAUUUGGACACCGUUGUGGAUAAGGCUUCCAUCACUGUGGACCAGCGGGCAUACAGAGUCACUCUCGCUGCCUAUCGCGGCGACACCACGUUUUCUGAACAGUCAAUCUAUGUACCAGCCGUGGGACAAAGUCUCCCCCAGGUUAGGGGCGCCCAGGCCUCUGCCUAUGACGGUGACAUCCAGGUCAACUGGGUUGUUCCUCCUCUCUACCGUGUCCAUGGCUACGUCAUAGACUGGACCACCGAUGGAGAUUCAUACACCUGGCUACAGAGCCAAGACACUCACAUCACAUUGACUGGCCUGCAGCCUUUUAAACUAUACAACAUCACAGUAACUCCACUCUACGAUGACAAGACAGGACUCGAAAAGGUCAUUCAGAUCUGCUCAGUACAAAGAGCUCCAGGGAAUAUCUCCUCUGUCGAUGUACACGUUCAAGACAAAAGUGCUCAGGUCAAAUGGACUGCUGUGCCUCAGAGCCAAUGUAGCGGUGAUGUCGUCAACUACACUGUGUUCUACAAGACUGAAACACAACCAGAGCUGAAUUUGACAGUAAAUAGCUGGAAACAGGGAGUGACUUUGGAGCCUCUCCAACCAGACACCAGAUACAGUGUCCAUGUUAUGGCCAGAGCUGUUACUGGGGCAACCAAUAGCAGCGUCAUUCACUUCACAACGAGCAGAUACGGCAGGACCUUCAUCAUAAUGUCCUGUGUCUUCGGUGGUUUCGGCGUCAUCAUCGUCCUAGUCACUGGACUCUUCUGCGUCGUUCAGUGGAAACGAUUUAAGGGGAAGAUAGUGCCCAACCCCGGUCUCAGCUCCCUGAAAUUCUGGUCUUCACAGGAUUGUCAUAAGAUCCAACCCUUUAACAACCCGUCUGAACUCGAGACCUUCUGUGAGAUGAUCUACCCCUGUGAGGUGAAUACCAUAACGGACGACAUCAUGGGGUCAACCUCUACCGAAGACGGGGACAUACAGGACAUGGGCAAAGAGACAGUCUAUGACCAGACAGAGAGAUGGAGCUCUGGCUUCGGUAGCAGGACCUUCUGUGACAGCCAACCCAGAGAGGAGAGCAGUAACCUGGGCCUGGCCCCAACCCUCCUCCCUUUACUGUCUCAACAAGACGGAGAAAUCAACCUGCUGGAGUCAACUACCUCUGAGGACUCAUCAUCAGAGCCAUCAGACCUCCAGGCCUCCGAGAGCUGUCCCGUCAACCCCUACAGGCUGCAGACGCCAGGGGAAUGCCCUGUGAGGUUGGGGCUGGGGGGAGGCGAGGCGACGUCGGGCACCACAGAGGAGAGUAGGAGCCUGUUGGACACGCAGCAGCAUAGCAGCAUAGCUCCUCUCACUGCGUACGUCACUCUGGACAUGUUUGAACACAGGGUGAGGGUCAAGUAAACGGACAUGAACACACUCCUGAAUCCAGUGGACUUCUCAGUCUUUCCUAGAACCUUUUAUUCAUUCAGUUUUAAUGUCUCAUAUAGGCUAUUGUGUUUUUGUGUUAGUGGUACUUUGAAAUAUCCAUUUUGUAAUUAUACUUGAGUGACAAUUUGUACAGUAUGUGUAUUUGUAGAUUGUAAAGGUGGAUAGAUAUCAGUUCUUUAAAUUUGACUCAUAAAUAUCAAUCUAUACUGUUGUAUGUGGUAGACUAUAUCUCAUCAAAUGUUUUAGUUUCUUGUCGUUGAGAAGGACUGCUGUUGGUACAAUUUAAGCGCUUCCCCUUCCCGUCCAUUACAAGUAUGCCGUUUGGUUUGGGGGGAGGGCUGUUGCAGCACCACUUCCUAAAAACAGAAAGCAAGUGUGCCAAGAUGGAAAUACUUUAGUAACAGGGUCAAAGCAAGGCUUCAUGUCUCCGAGUUACUGGCUGGGUGGUAGCCUAGCGGUUAAGAAGUUGGGAAAGUAACCAAAAGUUUACUGAUUCAAAUCCCAGAGCCGACUAGGUAAAAAUCUAUGGAUGUGCCCUUGAGCAAGGCACUUAACCCUAAUUGCUCCUGUAAGUUGUUCUGGAUAAGAGCGUCUGUUAAAUGACUCAAAAGUAGAAUGUAAAUGUUUGUGUCCCAAAUGACACCCUAUUCCAUAUAAAAUACAUUACUUUUGACUAGGGCUUGUAGGUCUCAGGUCAGAAGUAGUGCUCUAUAUAACUAUUAGGGUGCAAUUUGGGACACACCCAGUGACUAGAGACAUUGAAGCCCAUCCUUGAUUUGACCCUGUACUGCUCUUUAAAAUAACAUCAUUCACUGGGUCAUGGGAAAGAAAAAACUAAAUCACUCCAAGUCUAUGAUCUGCCCGAUGACAUUUUAUUGAAUAAUAACUUAUUUUUUAAAAUAAUGUUAG